UUUGACGAGUGAGUUAAUAACUUUGUAACCGGUUGAUUUAAGAAGAGAAUAUUUUUUUUAUUUUGCUGCAGACGAAGGAUUGGUCUAUUGGAGAUACAGUUUUUCUUUUUUCUUUUUUGCUUAAACGGUUAAGUUGCAAAACGGACUGUAAGAACUUGAAUACGGCUAAUAGUGAGUCAUUGAAAGAGUAAUUGUGCACUGUAGAACUUGUGGCGAAUUCUGCUACUUUAUUUUAAUAGAAAGACACUUUUAGGUGAAUUAAUUUUGUUUUUUAUUUAAUGGCCACAAGAAAGACCAAAACUAAUGGCAAUGGUAUAGCUGCCAUAGAAACAAGAACUCCAGAGAAGACAAAUACAGAUCCAAAAAUGGAACAACUUAUAGAUUUGAUAACAACCUUUCAAAAAGACACUAAAGAAAAACUUGACAAACUUGACAACGACGCGCAAAAAAGAUUCAACAAAUUGGAUAAAGAUACCAAGGACAGAUUUAACAAAAUAGACAUGGAACUCCAAGAUAUGAAAACAGAAAUCAAUCAAAUUAAACAAAUGGAGAGCUCCAUAGGCCAAAUCGAAGAGACCCUUAAAAGCAAUCAAGACCAAUUAGAGGUGAUGAACAAUAAAUAUGAGAUCCUCCAGAAGCAAGUGGAAGGAUACCAAAACACCAUCGCACUGAUGGACUUAAAACAAAAAGAAAAAAUGUUGCGCAUAAGAGGACUUAAAGAAGAAAAGGGAGAAGAUCUUCCCCUCAAACUGGCACCCAUAUUGGCUGAAAUUUGGGAAAUGGAGGAAAAAGAAACAUAUAAAGAAUAUGAUCGUCUCUACAGAAUUAACUCAAGAUAUGCCAGCAACAAUAAACUACCUAGAGAUGUGAUUAUAAACUGUGUAAGAAAGUCCAUGAGGGACGAAAUACUACAUUUCCACUCAAAAAAUAAAUUAAGAUUCGAGGGACAAAAUUUGACAGUCUUAAAAGAGGUCCCAAGUUAUAUUUUACGGAAAAGGAAAGACUAUCAGUUUCUGGUUGAGGUAUUGAGGAAAAACCAAAUUGUAUUUAGAUAGGAACUUCUGGAGGGUCUAUCUUUUACUUUUCAGGAGGCAAGAAUCCUCAUAAAUUCGGUGGAAAAAGCACAGGCCUUUUUGACAACUCACAAACCUAGUUUAUUAUGUAGCUAAGGUCACAGACCCGGGAAGAAGAUACAAAGAAAAGAGAAAAUAUUUGGACACCCCUGAAAACCUUUUUUUUCAAAACAAGACAGAAAUGAAUUAGUCAAAUUCAACGCUGAAUGUUUUCAAAAUUAUUAGUGUAAUGUUUACAUAAGUGAAGCUCUAAAAGUUAUAUUUUCCGUAUUUUGAUAAUAGGUUAAUUUGUUAAUUUGUUAAUAAGGAAGAGAAGCCUACUUAACUAUUCGGCAAACAUACUCCCCAUUAUGGGAGAAUUUAAAUAAGAAAAUUUAAGAAAUAUGCCGUUAGAUUGUAACGAUGUAUUAUUUCCAACUUUAUAUACAGUAAGGUUUUUUUAUGUAUAAUGCAAGAUAUCUAUUAUUGUAUUAUAUUUUAAUUUACUAAUAAACUUAUUAA